AUGGCUGAGCAGGGCUUAGAUCCCAAGUCCGAGCACGGCAGCGGUGGUCCGGCUGGGUCAGAAAGCACUGCCGCUUUCCAAAUGGUUUCCAGGGGCUCUUCGAAGGUUUCUUUUAUCCUGAAAAGCACCUCAGAUUCAAGCCCAGUUUCAGAGAGCUCUCACAGGCUCUCUCUGAUGUUAAAUGCCUCAUCGGGUUCCCAGCCGGGCUCUAACAUGUUCUUUGCUUUUAGCAAGUCACGGCCUGUUAGCACCUCAGAUGCCUCUGAGACAGAUCAGGUUGACCAAGAAGGGGGGGGCUCUUUCUUCCUUCCUCACCAGGAGUCCAGUGCCACCACCUCAUCCCUCCUUUCUUUUUCAGUAGUGCAUUCAGGCUUGCCACGGUCCUCCAUAGAGCAGCAAGUGGUUCCUAAGUCAAGAGGAAGCAUAACUAGCUCCUUUGUGUCCAUUUCCAAAACUGCCGGCUUAGAGGCCAAGCCUGCUCACAGAUUAAUGCCCCAUCGACCUCAGUCUAGCAUUUCCUCUAUCUCUGAAUCCCUGCAGAAGCAUUUACUGCCCUUUUAUGUAACCCCGGAACAGCUCCUGUCUGUGAAGGACUUAAUGGUGGCAGCCUUGGAAAACGGCCUCAAGCAGACGGACAAAACAACCAGUUACUUACCUAUGUUGCCAACUUAUGUUUCUGCCUUGCCCGAUGGUACUG